CACACCAUCCUUCCCCUCGCUCUCACCAAACAUGGUGGCGUAGGGUCAGCGUCUUAAAAUCAGAGUCUCAUCGAUUUGUAUUUACAAUCUCAUCAAAUUAAGCUGUUUUAAUUUAUUAUAAGUUAUAUUAUAAAGAAAAUAGAAAAAUGCCUAAUAUCAAAAUUUUCAGCGGUAGUUCUCACCAGGAUUUAUCACAGAAGAUCGCCGAUCGGUUGGGGUUGGAGCUUGGGAAAGUAGUCACGAAAAAAUUCAGUAAUCAAGAGACGUGUGUGGAGAUUGGUGAGAGUGUUCGAGGUGAAGAUGUUUAUAUUGUACAAAGUGGUUGUGGAGAAAUCAAUGACAAUCUCAUGGAGUUACUCAUCAUGAUCAAUGCCUGUAAGAUUGCCUCAGCCUGUCGCGUCACCGCAGUAAUCCCCUGCUUCCCAUAUGCAAGGCAGGACAAGAAAGACAAGAGUCGUGCGCCUAUAUCUGCAAAAUUGGUCGCCAACAUGCUGUCUGUGGCUGGAGCAGAUCACAUCAUCACAAUGGAUCUUCAUGCCUCUCAAAUACAGGGUUUCUUUGAUAUUCCAGUAGAUAACUUGUAUGCUGAGCCAGCAGUACUUAAGUGGAUUAGGGAAAACAUCCUAGAGUGGAAAAACAGUAUCAUUGUAUCUCCUGAUGCUGGUGGAGCAAAGAGAGUUACAUCUAUUGCUGACCGGCUGAAUGUUGAUUUUGCACUGAUUCAUAAGGAGCGUAAAAAAGCCAACGAAGUUGACAGAAUGGUUUUGGUUGGUGACGUGAAGGAUCGAGUAGCUAUUCUUGUUGAUGAUAUGGCAGACACCUGUGGCACAAUUUGCCAUGCUGCAGACAAGUUGCUCUCUGCUGGAGCUACCAAAGUCUAUGCUAUUCUCACACAUGGAAUCUUUUCUGGUCCUGCUAUCUAUCGCAUCAACAACGCAUGCUUUGAAGCUGUGGUAGUUACAAAUACAAUCCCUCAAGAGGACAAAAUGAAAACCUGUCCCAAAAUACAGGUUAUUGAUAUCUCCAUGAUACUUGCUGAAGCAAUUAGAAGAACUCACAACGGAGAGUCUGUGUCCUAUCUGUUCAGUCAUGUUCCAUUGUAAUAUUUACAAUAUCUGCCAUUUCAUUAUAUUAUUCUACCAAAUUAUUUUCUUUAUUGUCCCUUCAUGCAUCAAUGAUAAAAGGGGUUCUUCAUUGCUACUUCGCAUUGUAGUACACUUCUAUCAGAUCUGUCAGUGAAAAAAGAUAGUAUUUUAUAUCUAUCAAUAGAUUAGAUAUUUACAAUUUAAAAACAGCAGCUGUGAUUGGGUUUAACAGAAAGGACACAUUAUAUCCUCUUGAUAUUAAAAGGGGGAGACUUCAUUUGUUAAAUCAUGUUGGUGUAUUCCUUCCUUUGUUACCAUAUUGUAACAUUAAUUGCAACACAUCUGCCACAAUAGAAGCUGCUGGUGUUUUACUUUGAGCAGAUUAUUGUUUUAGAAAACUGGAAUAAUUGUUUUUGUGUCAAUGUAACCUCAUGUUAUUUUCAAGUGAAACCAUUUGUGUUUGUAUCAAAGAAACAAUGUGUUCAAGCAAAUUUUACAUAUUUCCCAUUUCAAACACAAAAUGAUGCAGAGAAAGCAGGGAAUAACUUGGUUUUUAUGCUGCCCUGUGCCUUAUUAGAAAUACAAUAAUUUCAUAGUUACUAAAUGGUUUUGCAUGGUACUGAUGCAUUGCUUCUGAGAUGUGACUGAAUCGGCUUGAGCUUUUCUCCCUCAAUUAUCUUCCAAAAAAUUUCAGUGAAUUGGAACUCUAGUGAGUAUGACAGGCUUCUGAGGAUCCCAGGCAAAUGUGAUUUGGGCUAGACGAAAAUUAUUUUUAAUGUGUUAAAUAUAGGAUUAUAUUUUGCUGCAAAAUUCAGAUGUGGACAAACGAAUUCUAACUUGUCCUUUGUUACAAUUUAUUUACUUGCCAUCUUUUUUCUUAUUCUGUGUAUGUUUUUGAACUUUGUAUUUAAAAAAAAUUCUUUGUGUUGCAACAUGAUUAUUUCUGUUCAACAAAGUCUUUUAAUGUAAAGAAAUUAAAUCCAUCAAGUUGCUUACACUUAGACCAUGGAAGUGGAAAAUUUACUUUGCUCCUUGUUUAACAGUAAGAUAUAAUGCUGAUAUAUAUUUUUCCAAUAACAGUGCAGCUUUUGCAGGAAUGAAUUUGUGAACUCGUGCACUUGCCAUCCUGGAAAGUAUCUUUUUGGCAUUUUAUAAGAUGUGGUUGUCCAAAAUUUUGAAUGCAAACAACUUUAUUCAUAUUUCAGUUGCAAGUUAGAAAUUUGGAGUUUCACAUUUUGAGGGCCUGAAUCCAGUUUUUUUAAUACUUUACUUACAAUUACAAUUUUCAGUUAUUACAAAGACAAAACAUAAUGGAGACGUGCAAAACAAUGCAAAGGAAAUACAGCUCCUGGUGGAACACAGACAAAACAAAUCAAAAACAAAAAGGCUGCCAGACAAUUCACAAGAUUACAAAAAUAGACUUUCAAAAAAAGAGUUGACACAAUAGUGGUAUAACGGAAAGCAAUAUAAAAUAGAAUGAAUAAAGGAAUCCGGUUAGGCACCACACCCAAUAUUUGUAAAGAAUACUUUAAGGUAAAAUUUUGUUGGAUUAGCUUGUCUGUUGAGGCAUAAGUGGAAAACAGAAGAGCAGGAAGUGAAGAAUAUUUAACAAGAGGCUUCCAGCUGUAGCCAUGAAGGUUUUUCUUUGGUCUCAGCACCUCCACAUUCCCAGUGUGUAAGAGCCCUGGAGUUAGCUGCCCAAUAGUAAUGUUUGAAAGUUGGCAGACGAAGACCAUCUUCUUAAGAGGUUUGUGUAGGUGAGCCCUAGAUAUCCUGUGUGAUUUAUAGCCCCACACAAAGGGCAAUAUGAUAGUCAAGUUUCUUUAAAAAAAAGGAUGCAUUUAAGUAUAAAGGCAGUUUUUGAAAAAGAUAUAGAAACCUGGGUAGGCUCACCAUUUUGAUCGCAUUUACCCGUCCUAUCAUGGAUAAGGGCAGUAUCCUCCAGGACUCAAUAUUUGUUCUGAGUUUUUCUAGGGAUUCUGUAAAGUUAAAUUUGAAAAGGUGCUUUGGGUUCUUAGUCAGUUUAAUCCCCAAAUAGGUGAAACAGUCCUUCUCUGCUCUAAAAGGCAAUUUUUUCAGGAAGUCUUCAGUAAAAUGAUCCACUAAGGGGCAUGUAUUCGCUCUUUCCCCAAUUUAUGGUAUAGCCAGAAAUACUCCUGAAGGAAUUUAUAUAUUCUAGUAGAAGAGGAAUAGAGACCGCUGGGUCGGCUAGACAAACGAGGUCGUCUGCAUGCAGGGUCACACGGGUCUCAAUAUUGCCCAUCUUUAUACCUUUAAUGUGUGGGUGGCCCCUAAUGCAAAUUGCCAGGGGCUCCAGAGCUAUGUUAAACAGCAGGGGGUCCCCUUGGUGAACACCACAUUGCAGAGAGAUUGGAUUGGAUUUAUCUCCAUUUGUGAGAAUGAAAGAUUUUGGAUUAGUAUAUAAUAUUUUAACCCAUUCUAUGAAAGUGUCGCUGAAUCCAAACUUCUUGAGUGUUGCAAUUAGAUUGUGCUACUCUAUCAUAUCGAAUGCCUUGUGGGUAUCUAGAGACAGUAUAGCAGCUGUAUCAUCGUUCCCAUAAUCUGCAUACAAAAUAUUGAAAAUUUUGCGGACUUUACAAAAGGAGUACCUGCCUGGGAUAAAUCCAGUUUGGUCCAAGUGAAUAUUUGCUAUAUGCUUACCGAGCCGAUUUGCUAACACUUUCGUAAUUAUUUUCAGAUCAUAAUUUAGUAUUGCAAUGGGCCUAUAGCUUCCAGGGUCCGUUUUGUCUUUAUCUUUUUUAAUAAGACAGAUAUUUCCUUCACUGAGAGAGGGUGGGAGCCUCUUGUUUUUCAAGGUAUCCCGAACCAUUCUCAGCAAAGUUGGUGUAAGGACUUCUCGGAAGGCUUUGUAGAACUCUGGCCCAAACCUGUCCAGUCCAGCUGCCUUACCGGUGGGAAAAGCUUUGACGGCAUCCUGUAACUCAUAGCAAAAAAAUCCAGAUCCAAAUUCUUCCUGAAAGCUGCAUCUAAUUGUGGGAAGUAAAGUGGAUCAAAAAACUUAUCAAAAUCUUCCUGUGUGGCUGUUGAUUUGGAGGUGUAAAUUUCUGAAUAGAACUCACUAAAUCAUUUGUUAAUAUCCUUUAAGUCUGUAAGCAUCAGGCCAGAUUUGGAUUUUAUUUUAUAAAUGGCUCGUUUUGCUUGUUCUCCUUUUAACUGCCAUGCCAAUAACUUCUGUGGUUUGUCACCAAACUCAAAAUGUCACUGUUUAAGUAGUAUGUUGUCAAUUUGUCCCCCCAGAAUGAAGUUGUAUUUGUAUUUUAAUUUGAGAAUAUUAUUAUAAUCUGAUAAGAGUUUUUGUAGGCCUGUUCAGCCGUUAGUAAUUCUUAAUCACUUCCAAUCUACCUCGCUUAGCCCUUCUCAGUGUUGCGUCAUAAGAAAUAAUUUGUCCUCUGAUAUACACUUUGUGUUUCCCAAAGUGUUGAGACAUUCAACUCGCAGUUGUCAUUGGUCUCAAGGAACUGCAAGACGUGCAUUGUAAUAUAUUCUUUAAAUGCUUGAUCCUUCAGCAAAAAAGGAUUAAAGUGCCAGUUACAGGCUUGCUUGAGAUUGACAGGACUAUGGUCAGAUAUUAUUAUGCUGUGCUAUUUGGUGUAAUCAAUAUUAGAGAUUAAUCGAGAGAUUGAUCUCCGUAUAUGAUCAAUGCAUGAGAAUAAAAAUAAUCGGUCAGAUGGGUGUUGUAGUCUCCAAGUAUCCACCACCUUCUUGGACUUCAAAUUGUUAAGAGUUUGCACACCAAGAAUAUUGGGUGGGGGUGGGGGGAAGCAGAGGAGAGCCUGUCUAAAUACGUGUCCAGGUAGCAAUUAAAGUCACCCCCAAUCAUUAUGUGGCUUGAAUCAUCUGGGAUCAAGUCAAACACCUUAUGGAAAAAACCUGUAUCAUCCCAGUUUGGCCUGUAAACGUUUACCAGUGUAAUGGGAAGUGAAUUGAUAUGCCCAGUUAGAAUUAUAAACCUGCCAUUUGGAUCAAUUGUGGAUGAGUGAACGAAAAGGCAUAGUCUUAUGGAAGAGAAUGGCAAUGCCUCUGGCUUUGGAAGUGAAAGGUGCCUGAUAGACCUGUGAAAUCCAAUUAGCCCUGAGUGUUUGGUGUGCCAUGAGGAGCUCGAAGAAACACGUCCAUACUGUACUCAGCUCGCUAGCGCCCCCUAGAAUCCUGUUAACAAGGAUAUGAAAGUAUACUUGUUACUUCUCCGAAAUGUAUAAAUACACCAAAUGAACAGCUCAUAGGCACCCUAUUGGGUGGGGGUGCCUAAACUUGUCAGAUUAGGCUAUGUUGAAAGUACAUUUCUCUUGUCAUGUUAUACUUUAAAUAGCAUUGCUGGACAAGAUGAGAAAAUUGGGUUGCUAUACAAGAACAUUGAAAGCAAGUAAUUCAAUUUCUGUAUUUAGGGUGACAUUAAUAUACCAAUUUAUCCAAAUCUGGGUCAUCAGAUGUUAAAGUGGAAAGCAAGGAGAAAAGUAUGUAUCAGCAACACAGUUAAUAGUAUGCAUAUGAUUCAUGCUGGGUCCCGCUCAUAAACUGGCCCCAGGUUUCCUUUUUGGAUUUUCUUCUGCUGUUCAGGUCUCCUACAGAUUAUCUCUGCUCAUCUGUGAAGUUCAAAAGAAACAUUUUGCUCCAGGAGACUGAUUUCGUACAAUGUUUUUGGCUGGUAUUCAGAUUGGAAUUGUUCCAUUUGUACAUACAAUUCAAAUAUCUGACAUCUGUGCUUAGAAAUUUAUUUUGAAUCAUUUUGAACAUGGCAAAUAAUCCUAUAGUUUUGUUGGAUAGUUUCUACACAUUAAAAUCUGCAGAUGUUUGGUUUUUACAUUGUUUUCUAUAGCAUAGAGAAAGCUCAAGGCUUUUUACAUUUUCAAUUAUGUGUAAUAAUAAACGUGGUGACUGUUA